AGCCUGCGGUCGCAGGUCUGAGGGUUACAGAACGCUGCCGGGAUGUCACCGCUGGAAAGUCGCGGCCGCAGUUCUCCCGUGCAAACUCUGGUCGUGGUUGUGUUGCAGGAAGAUCGACGCAGGUCCCGGUCCGGCUACGACAGUAACUCCAGCGAUGAGGGCGGCGCUUCAGACGAAUCGUCGGCGGAGGAGGCGGCGGCGGCGCCGGUCUCCGCCCGGGCCACGGGAACCAGGAAGCAUAUAAACAAAGGCCGCUGGAGCAAGGAGGAGGAUUCCCGGCUGAAGCAGCUGGUGGAAGUGUACAGUGAGCGCUGGGAGAUAAUCGCGAAACAUUUCCCUGACCGGUCGGACGUGCAGUGCCAGCAGCGCUGGCAGAAAGUCGUCAAUCCGGAGCUCGUCAAGGGUCCAUGGACGAAGGAGGAAGAUGAAAAGGUUGUGGAACUGGUUGAGCGUUAUGGACCAAAGAAAUGGACGUUGAUUGCCCGCCACCUAAAGGGCCGCAUUGGCAAGCAGUGCCGAGAGCGCUGGCACAAUCACCUCAAUCCUAACAUAAAGAAGACUGCGUGGACAGAAGAGGAGGACAUGGUCAUCUAUAGGGCGCAUCAGCAAUGGGGCAACCAGUGGGCUAAAAUAGCAAAGCUGCUGCCUGGCAGGACAGACAAUGCAAUAAAGAAUCACUGGAACUCAACAAUGCGCCGCAAGUACGAAUCGGAUGAUCGUUGUGAGGGUCAGAGUCGGCGUGCUAAGGCGAGGGCUGCGAAACAGACGAGUGUCGGUGCUAGUGUUUCCAACUCGACAGAUGAUAUUGACGAUAAAUCAGUUCAGUCACAGUUCCGAAACAACCUUACUACAUCAGCGUCUCGUAGUGAUUAUUUGGCAAGGUCUGCUGACACAUAUAGCAAUAUUUCAAACAAAAUUUGGCGUAACAAUUAUGUUUCUAAUUCCUUCAGAAAUUUAUUUAAAAAGACAAACUGGUCACCAGCCAGCUGUGACCAGCAGACUCCAAAUACAAGUUUUCAUUCAUCAGUCGAGCAAGUUGCUCCAUCAUGUGGAACCCUGUUUCCUUCGGAGCAACUGCAUGAACAUUUCUUCAAGUCAGAUUCGCCAAUGAAACUGGCACGUCCAAAUACUCCAGAGUACAUUCUGUCAUCUCCCCUCAGGUAUUUCGAUAUGGAAAUGCUAUCUCAUCCAAGUCCCAUGAAAUUGGAAUCCGAUGAGGGUUUUUCUGAUGUUAAUGUAAUGGAUUUGGUACAUGGAGAUGGUUAUGGUUCUUCAGACAUAUCACCAGAUAAGAAUUUGGAGGAUCGUAAGAAGGGGCCGAUUGGUUUGCGAUUUGAUGGUCAGACAAUCCAGAACAUACAGUCAGAGCUGGCAGCUGCUGGUGUGGUUAGAACAGGGAGCCUGAUUCCAUUUUCUCCGAAUGUUGUUGCAGCAGCCAAGAUGUCAUCUCCACCGCCAAUAUUACGUAAAAGUAUAACUCGAAAGCCAAUAAAAGUUGAGCCAUGUGACAAUUCCCUUGACAAUUUUGCAUUGAGUGAAAUGGCUGCUUCUUAUCAGGCAUCUGACAUGAGUGAUUCCCCAGCAUACAGUACAAAUCUGCUUUGUAGUCCAUCAACACCUGGGAAAUCAGUUCCAUUCAGUCCUUUGCAGUUCCUGAAUACCAGUUUUUCGCUUGAAGACAAUUUUUCAAGUCCUUUCCGUCGCUUUGCUACUGGCCAGUCCACACCUGUUCGUGGUGGCGGAGCAGAUGAUGCUCAACAAGAAGAUAGUCCUGGACCAUUGUGUACGCCUAACCCUCCUCUCCCAGUUGGUCUCUUCAAGAAGGAACCAUCUAGCAAAGAACACUGUACGCCAAGCAAGUCGAGGCGCAGUCUGCUUAGUACACCACGGACGCCUACUCCUUUUAAGGAUGCUUUGGCUGAAUGCCAAAAGAAGGGCGGUGUGAACUACAUGCCACAAACGCCUACAAGGCUGGUUGAAGAUAUCACUGAAAUAAUUAAAAAUGAGCAGAACUUGUCAGACACACAGUAUGAUAUGCAUGGCAAUUCACUCUACAUUGGCCAGAAUGGCCUGGGUGACAGUGGCUAUCUUACUCAUAAGCGGAAAGCAUCACCUGCGACGGGCAAGGAAAAUACUCUUCCUAAUAAACGUGUCCGUAAAGCUUUGGCACCUUCUUGGAGCACACCAGGAAAUGUUACAGUUCCAGGAGUCACCGAUUGCUUAUUUAUGUCAGAGACGCCUAGUAAAUCACUGGAGGCAGACACGUCAGUUCUGUUUUCCCCACCAUACAUACUGAGAGAAGUACUCCCAGAAGCGGAUGAGCUAGGAGUUAAUGAAAAUCCUCCGCCUAAUAUUCGGAAACUUUCACCUGCCGCAAAGCCUCUUGGAUUGUUCAAAUCUGCUGUGAAGAGGAUAAACUUCGGGGAAGUCACCAAUAUUCGUGGGCUGCCAAAGCUUGAUGUGCGAUGGGAGAUGGUAGCUUGUGGUCGUACAAGAGAUCAGUUGGAACUAACUGAACAGGCCCACAGGUACCUCAAUCAGUCUGCUCUACAGCCCCGGUCACUCAACCUUUAGAAAGGUUGCGAACAACAUGUGAUAUUAUGUUACAGUAUAAAAUGUGCUCAGCAAUUGAGUGUUGUAUUAUACUUGUUAUAAUUAAAAACUAUCCAGUAUUUUUGGUACAUGGAGAAAAUGUACUGCUUUUGUGUGGUACAUGAUGUUUAUUAUGAUACCUCUUCUGUGAAAUAAUAGAAGACAUUCAGUUAUCUGCCAGUGAGUGUAGAAAAGUGAAAAAACGUUGGAGGGGACACUUGCUCGGAGAGCACAAUGUGUUCUGUCAUGGUCUGGUCAAAUGAUGUAACGGCACAUUGAAAAGUGUGUGUGUGUGUGUGUGUGUGUGUGUGUGUGUGUGUGUCAGUGUCAGUGUCAGUCAGGGAAGCAAUAGGAGAAAGAGAGACUAGUACCAAGUAAGUUAAUCAGCCAGAUGAGAACUGCAGUGUGUGUAAAUGUCUGAAAAAAUUGUUAAGUUUCCUUGAAAUGUUAUAGUUUAUUUCUUUCUGUUUUUUAUGUGUGUGUUACUCUUGCAUUUAAUUUAUUUUGUAUGUACUAUGCUAAUACAUUAAUUUGUACAUGUAAAAGCAUAUUUAGGGUGGUUUUGUAAGAAGAUAACAGAGAAAACUGGAAAAAGAAUAAUAGUAUUAAACGGUUAAUAUUACUUAACUUUCUUCAGUCUGUAUAAUUUUGUAAAACAGCUAUCAGUGAAUAUAAAAACAAGUAUUGUGAAACAGAUAUCUAUCGUGUGUGAUGCUGCUUGCAUGAAAUGCAGAGCGCACAUUGAAUAGAGGAGACAACUGUUUCACAAGUGUUUAGUUUUAUACUUAAUUGAACAUAUAACACAGCUCUCGCGUGCACAACCUUCACUGCAUUAUAUUAUAAGCAUUUAAUUACACAUUAGUGGCAGCUUUAAGUUUUAGCACUCACCUUUUCUUUGAAGGUUUUAGGGUAAAAAAGAAUCAUUACAUGCAUGUGCUGUGUAUUAAUAAUAUAUUUCACUUGUACCUGGUGGUUGUUGUAAGAAACUACACUACUAAUGAGUCUCAUGCAGGAGUGUGAUAUCUGGUUUGAGUAACUGAAUGUUAAUUUGUAAUAUCAUUGAUGUAGGAGAUGUAUGCAAUACAGUUAAGUGUUUUGUAUGAGAAUGAUGGCAAAUGGAUUUUAUAUGCUUACAUAUUUUGUGUGUGGCAUGGAGCCAUCACAUCAUUUCAUUCUCAGAGAUGCAUGUUCAGCACCAUGGUUGUGUUUCCUCAUUCUUUGAGUUUGAAUAUUGAGGGUCUUAUGAGCUGUAGAUAAUCAUUUAUGUGGCCUUUCCUUAAAACAACGAGCUCAUAAUUAUGUGCCUUACCUUUGAUAUAUUUAAGAAGUGGAAAACAAGAGAACCGUUAGUGUGAUGUAAAUGUUUAUUAUGCAUUUUGCUUGAAGUAUUGUCAGUGUUGAAAACCAAAUAAUUUUACAUUGUAUCUUUCUGUGGGCAUUUUGCCCACAAAGAAGACUGUAUAGAUGUAACAAAGUAUUUUCAUCGAAGAACACUGUGCCUUCAUGUGAUUAAGAUGUUAAUUGGACUACAAAUAGUUUCAUAUUGUGACUGGAUCUGACAUAAACCUGUAAAGAAGACUGUACAGGAAGAAAUAUAAACUUUCAUUUAAAAA